CGAAGGCGAACCCCACCUUCCUCCAUAAUUGUGUUCCGUAAAAAAAAUUAAUAUCAUUGAUGCGUCCGAUUCCUAUAAAAAAAAAAGAAAGACAACAUACUUAACUCAGCGACUCGUAGUCCUAGUAACAGUGCGUGAGAACUGAGAAUAGAUACAUGCCCUUGCCCUUUGUCUUAACUCUUGCCGUAAAGGAAAACAGAGACAGUAGAAAUUUAAAAAAAAAAAAUGGGUGUAAAAAUUGGAGGGCAGAUAGAGAAGGUGAAUGGAAGAGAACUUUCCUACACUGAAUUUGCUGAAAGAUACUUAGCCCAAAACCAGCCUGUGGUUUUAACUGGUUUGAUGGAUGAUUGGAAAGCUUCCAAAGAAUGGGUUUUUACCCAUGGCCAACCUAACCUUUAUUUCUUCUCUACCCAUUUUUCUAAAUCCAAAGUUCAGGUUGCAGAUUGCGGUACAAGGGCAUUCAGUGAUCAGAAAAGGCUAGAGAUGUCUGUUUUGGAGUUUGUUAAUCACUGGCUUCUUCAGGGUUCUGGGGACAACUUUGAUGGUAAUGGCCAGUCCGUGCUUUAUUUGAAGGACUGGCAUUUUGUGAAGGAGUAUCCAGAAUAUCAAGCAUACAGAACUCCGCCAUUUUUCACUGAUGAUUGGCUGAAUCUUUAUCUUGACAAUUAUCGCAUGCAUGAUGAUCCUGACUCUUGUCAAGAGAAUAACGAUUUAUGUUGCUCUGACUAUCGCUUUGUGUAUAUGGGAGCAAAAGGAUCCUGGACACCUCUUCAUGCAGAUGUUUUCAGAUCAUAUAGUUGGUCAGCAAAUGUCUGUGGCAAGAAAAAGUGGCUUUUGCUUCCUCCUCUGCAAUGUAAUCUUCUGUUUGACAGGAACAUGAAAAGCUCUGUAUAUAAUAUCUUUGAUGACAUUAGUGAAACUAAGUUUCCCGGUUUUAAGAAGGCUAUCUGGCUGGAAUGCAUACAGGAACAGAAUGAAAUUAUCUUUGUGCCUAGCGGAUGGUACCAUCAAGUCCAUAAUCUGGAGGACACAAUAUCAAUAAACCACAACUGGUUCAAUGCCUACAAUCUUUCUUGGGUGUGGGAUCUACUCUUAAGAGACUACAAGGAGGCCAAGGAGUACAUAGAGGAUAUCAAAGACAUCUGUGAUGAUUUUGAAGGUCUCUGUCAACGCAAUCUUGCAGCAAACUCAGGCAUGAAUUUUAAUGAUUUCUUCAUCUUCAUAUCACGCUUUUCACUGGCCAAUGUGUUGGAAUUGUAUUAUCUACGUGGUGAAUCAAACUCUGAAAGUUGGCAUUGGUCUGCUACAGUGCAACAUUUUGCCCUAAACCUUGCAUCUAUACGGAAAAUAGCAUUAAAGAUGAAAUCUGAAGGUGGUGUGCAAGGAAAUCUUGGCAUCCAUAAUUUGAUGGAAUCUCUAGGUGAUCCUACGUUCCUUAAACUGUCCACUGAUUUAGGCAGAAUAUAUGCAGUGAUCCAUGAACAAGAGAAGUGGAGCUGUACGAAGAAAAUUUUGAUGGCUGAUAUUGAAAAGCAUGGAUCUCAAGUUUGUAGUCCAGACGAUCUUGUUAAAUUUAUAGACUACGCUGUUUCAAAUCUUAGUGGAAAUUGCUCUGAAAAAAACACUUUGCUGUCUGUAUUAUAUGAUGCCCGGCCACAUCAAGUAAAUUAGCAUUUGUAACAUUCUUUUUGCUCUAUAUUGCUGUGGCUUCUGCAAAUGGCUGGUUGGUUUUCUAAGGUACAUAGGCAAGCAUUUCUGUUGUUUUGUUUUCUUUGCAGAUCAGCACAUGCUGUUAAUCGUUCAUGCGCUCAGUUCAAAUGUGAAGCUGAGAAUUUAUGGACUCAAGCAUAUAGAAGCAAGCUUGUGGAAUGAAAGUAUAUGCGGGACAGGAGAAUUUUCUCGAUUCGGGCCAAGAACGCAGGAAACUUGGCCUAGAUAAAGCUGUUUGUUGCCUUGUAUCAAUAUUGAUACAUUUCAUAUAUUCCUUUAGCAUCAAUAGUAAAAAAGAAAAAUGAAAACGGGAAAUGAUCUCUGGCGAGAGUCCAGCUUUUGUGAUUCUCUUGCGUUUCUCUGGUUAGUUGCACAAAUCCAUGUUUUCUUUCUUGCUUUUUGGUGGCAAAGCAUCAUUUUAAUGUCUUUUACUUCGAGCCUGUACCUGCAACUACCUUAAUUUUAUCCUUUCAAUCAUUCUAGCUUCUACCUUCAAGCAUAUUGAUGUUCUCUUUAUGCUUUGGGCAAUUACCCUCAGUGCAAAGUACCUUCCUGAGGGAGACUUACCAAACCUAAUGCUAGUAUGUACCUUACCUGGAGAGCCAUGCGUUGGGCUGGACCCAUCGUCGAGCUAGGGCUGGAAUGGAGUAUAAACAAUGGUGAAAAUACGAGCUUUGGCUUGAUAGUUGGCUAGGUGGGGGAAAGCUUAGGUCUUUUAUGCAAGACACUUUCAACAAAAAUGAAGAGGAGAUCAACGUUAAGCAAUGUCUUGAGGCUCUGGACUAUCAGCAGGACUUGUGUCACGGUCCACGCGUUCUUCAUACUGAAAUCACGCGAUCGUGCGGCACCAAGAUUACUCAUAGUCAAGGUCAGCUUUCACCAUGUCCAUUUUUCUUCGCGAACCAACCAAAUCCGACCCUUCAAGCCGCAUGCCCACAAGCAUUUUUUGGCUUUUGUCCUCGUAGGGUUGUUCAUUCUGACUCUAUAGAGAGGAACCCAUCUCUCAUUGCGCAUCGGUCCACGGUUCUCCAAGUGACCACGAGCCCCCAACUCUGGCCGCAAGGCUUAAUGCUUCGAGCCUCGACCCUCGAAUCUCGUAGGGGCACACAGCCCCGGUUCUCUUGAUGUUAUUACAUCUUGACAUAGUGAGAACCCAACACCACGCCCGCACGUAUGAUACGCAAGCUCUCGUAUCAAGUUUACACAAGCAUCCCCUUUACGCUGGUCAGCAGCCAGCUCGGAGCCUCUAAGCUCAACUCGUCCCACAAGACUCGGUUCUUAGGGCUUACGCCCUUUAGCGUCAGUAUUGGCCGCCCGUACGCAUGAUUGACACCCAACAUCAUGCUAGUACCGCAAGGGGACUCAGGAGGACUGCCUCAGCUACAGCACACCAGCUGCCCGACUGGCCACUGGGGCCUAGCAACGUGCCUGCCUGCUAGCCCGUGCAUCCUCUCGGCUCGAUGGCAUCCCUCCUACGUGAAUACCAUCGCGUGGUCCAGUCUCGCAAGGGUCCUUGGGUGGACUGCCCCAGCUGUAGCCAACCAGCCCGACUGGCCACAGGGGUCUAGCAGCGUGCCCGCUAGCUAGCCCGCGCAUCCCUUUGGCUCGAUGGUAUCCCUCAUACGUAAACACCAUCACCUGAUCCUUCCGGCUCGAGGAGGGGAAACCGAGGGGCUUAACGGUCUCUACCGUCCAACCUCUUGAUUCAACGCAAAGGGGCGAUACGAGGCCCGCCGGCCCCAACCCCCCCAGGUUUACCUUACCCGAGGAAACAUCGUGCCACGCUCGUGACCCUACGAUGUCCGCCCACCUAGACACCACGAGUGCCUAAGAGUAGCUCACUUCAGACUAGCCAGGCCCCCGCCUGCCCGCUAGCCAAGGGGGUGGUGGAGAGCUGACACCAGACGUCCCCCUAUAAAGAGCGUUAGAGAUUUUCCCCAUAUGCUACCAGUGACCGUAAGAAUGUUUGAAACAGGGAUACUUUUCUGCCCAGCCACCUCAAAGCCUUUCUCCGGCUAACUCAGGGCCCCGUAACCUUCCUCUUGGUCACCAAUGCUCUUUGAUUCUGCUCGUUGCUCCACCAACCCACUCGAAGGUGCCCGCACAUGGCUUCGACUGACAGCACCUGUCUGGCUAGCUGAUCCUAGGGCACCGGCGUAAUGUCUUAUACUUACCUGUAUAUCUCAGGGUUUAGGGCAUGGACAGUCCACACACAAUGUCCCUAACCUAUUCCCAUGCUCAGAAUGCCCGCACACUGCUUCCACAGAUGGCACCCGCCAGGCUACUUGGCUUGAGGGUGUCCGACCACUGUCCCGAACUUUCCCACGUAUCUUGCGGCUCGGGGCUCCCAUUGCCUCUACAACAUGUUAGCAUCAUGUUUCCAAGCUCCGAAUGCACGCCCGCAUUCCUUAAAACUGCUUUCCCGUCAACUCGAUCUCGACCGCUGUUUGAUCCAGGAUCAAUCAUGGCAGGACCAGGGCCUGACCAUGACAACCUGCCUGUAUCCUUCAACCUUCCACGUAGCAUCAUGGAGACUAUUAGAGCGGUGCCUAAGUAGGUGAUGGCGCACGACCUUGAUAAAAUCCUAUGGAUGGCUUCAAAGAGUGGCUCUUUUACUGUUUAAGUCAGCUUAUGACUUGGCUAAAGGAAACGAAGGAGAGCCUGACAUUACGAACUGGCAGUGGAUAUGGAAACUUGAAGUCCCUCCUAAACUUCAACUUUUUAUAUGGGAAUGCAUGCAUGGGAUCUUAACAACGAGAAAACUUUUAACCGAGAGAGGAAUUCAAUUGAUUGAGGAAUAUUGCAUCUUCUGCAGGCAGCAUUCAGAGGACUUAGAACACCUGCUUCGAGGAUGCUACUGGGUCAAAGACAUCUGGAAAAAUCUUCAGGAUGGGGGGUAUCUAGAUUACAUGCCAUUAAGGAGAAAUGAAGAAAUGGAUCAAAGGAAAUGCUCUUCGAGGAAGUCAUACGAGCCAUAGGAGAAUCUCUUGGGAUGUUUUGUUUGUGUUUAUUUUGUGGGAAAUACGGCUGGAAAGAAACCAUACCAUCUUCAAAAGAAAUAGGGGAAGGAUCGAUAUUUUAGGGAGAGCUAGAGCAAAAGCUAGGGAGUUCUAUGCUAUGAACCAAGCUGAGUUUCAUUCCAAAACCAUGUCCUUCAUCCCUAUUAGAUGGAAGUCACUUGAGGCCGGGUGGUUUAAGCAUAAUCCUGAUGGCUCAUCGAGGGGAAACCCAGGCAGUUCAGGGGCAGGGACCGUUAUACGUGACCACGAGGGUACAUGGGUGGCCGGCUUUGCCAGAUACAUGGGGUAAGGGACCAAUGUCAUAGUUGAAUUUUGGGCCCUUAGGGAUGGCCUU